GGGCGGUGCAGUUUAAGCGAGGGGAGGGGCGGGGUCUCGCCGCCUUCUCCAUCCUCGGGCCUAGAGCGGAGGGAUGUUCCCUACUCAGGAGGAGGCCAACAGGACCGUGUUUGUCGGAAAUUUAGAAGCCCGUGUGAGGGAAGAGAUUCUUUACGAGCUGUUCCUUCAGGCUGGCCCAUUAACCAAAGUGACUAUAUGCAAAGACAGAGAAGGAAAGCCGAAGUCUUUUGGAUUUGUCUGCUUUAAACACCCAGAAUCAGUGUCUUACGCCAUAGCUUUGCUGAAUGGAAUUCGUUUAUAUGGAAGACCAAUUAAUGUGCAGUAUCGAUUUGGGAGUUCUCGUUCUUCUGAACCAGCUAAUCAGAGUUUUGAGAGUUGUGUCAAGAUAAAUUCACAUAGCUACAGAAAUGAAGAAGUUGUGGGCAGAUCUUCCUUUCCCAUGCAGUCUUUUCCUAUUAAUGCAGCCUUACCUCAAGAAUAUUUUUUCUUUCAGAAGAUGCAAUGGCAUGCAUAUAACCCAGCCCUUCAGCUUCCUUGCUAUGAGAUGACCGCACUCCUUCCUAAUAGCACAUCUGUGUCUUCCUCACUAAAUCAUGUUCCAGAUCUAGAGGCCGGACCCAGCUCUUAUGAAUGGACUCACCAACAACCAAAUGACCCUGACCUUUAUCAGAUGAAUAAACAAAAGAGGCAAAAACAAACCAGUGAUAGUGAUAGUAGCACAGAAAACAAUAGAGGCAGUGAAUACAGCCAAAAGUUUCAAAAGUGUAAGAAGAAGAAAAGGUAUUAGUACUACAUUCAAAUGAAAUUUGUCUAUACUGGUCUUAAUUUUCUUAAAAGAAAAAAGAAUCUUUUUUCUAGUAAGUGACAAAUUUCAUGACUUUCUUGUCUUUUUUGAAAUAUAUAACAAUAUGACAUUGGAUUUGCUAUUCAGUUUUUGUCUUGAAUGACAAAAACUUAAAAUUAAUAUAAUGUACUAGGUUUCAUAUUUGUAAUGGUAUUGUUGACACACUGUCGGUAAGAAAUACACUUUGAGUUGUUAUAUUUUACUACUGAUGAUGAAAUUCACUAAACUGUUAAACAAAAGACACCCACUGAGCACUUAAGUAUAAGGCACCCUGUUCUGCUGGAUUGUUGGCGAUACUGAGUGGGGGGACUUUCUGAAUGAAACUGGUAUAAAUAUUUAGGAGUUUCACAUUCCUAACAAAAUGGAAUAAGCAGGCUUUAGUUUCCUUUGUUAGUAACAUUUUAUUUUUUUGUCUAAAUAUGUUGUUUCUGAGCCUUACUGUCCUACAGUUUUAUCUCAUAAAAUGAGGAUAUAUGACAGUGUUACCAAAGGAAAGAUGAUUAUCAUGGGAUUAGUUUUUGGAUGUUCCCUUUUUAUAUGAAUGUAUAUGAAUAGGAACACCUGCCUCUUUACUUCUCACUUAGUUAUAUUUCUUGAAAAUUAGUUAGCUAUAACAGUAUUUAUUUUUUGCCAGCUGGGUUUGAGAGGGUGUAUUUGACAUAUUUAAGUCUUGAUAACAUAAGAGAAUAACAUUUCAUUAAUAUAUGAUAUUUAAUAUUUUCAAAUCAAGUUUCCUAUUUCUGGUUAAUUUAUUUUUAGAAAAUAGACUACAUGUAAAAUUAAUAGUUUAUUUGGACUUAUUUUUUCAGUAGCUCAUUGUAAACUCACAUACUGAAAAUAUUUACUAAAACUAAUUGAAAGAAUCAUGCAACUUCAUUGGGAGUUACCAAUUUAACAGGAAAAGCCAUGCUUGGAUAUUUCUUUUACAUAUUGCAUAGCACUUAUAAAUAUUUAUUAUUUUAGAUAAUAAAGACUUUUUAGCAAAAUGAGUACAUUUAACUUUCGCUUACAAAUAUACAAAACAGUAGAGUUUUAAAUGUAAAUAUUAAUCUAUUUUUAUCUAAUCAACAUGAAAAACUAAAUUCUGCUUGAUGUAGUUUGACCUGUAUACUUUCAUGUACUUGAAUAUUUAAAGAAGGUGACUCUUUAUUCCAUUUAAAUUUGCAUUUUUGUAAUUUUCAGAUCAUGCAAAGAGAAAUAUAUGUUUCUAAAUAAAUAGAAAAUGAUAUAUAUUUAAACACAUUAACUUCACCUCAACCUUUUCAGUUCUUACUACAUUACAGUUUAUCUAAGCCCUGAAGUAUUGUGAUGGGUGUUACAAGAAAUGUAUACAUAAGAAUUGUCUUAGCAAGUAAGGGUGGCUUAUUUGAAGAAAAUCAUAUUGAAGUACAGUUAUAUGAACUACAAGGAAUUCUUGCAACUUCUUUCAUCAUAGGCAGGAAUUACCUCAAUAUCAAUUUUAGAAAGUAACUUAAUUUGAACCAACCAGAAGGCAAAUUCACAUAUAUACUCUGGUGUCUUUUAGUGUUAGAAAAUAUAGAACUUCCCUUAAAAUGUUAAAAUCAUAUACAGUCCUAUAUAAUUUUAAAUUUUCAAUUUUCUCAAUGUAUAUCUUUGAGUUAAAAUUAUUUCUUUGCUUUAGAGGGUUUUUUAUUUUUCCAGUUUAUUUCUCCCUUCUCAAAAUCUAUUUUUAAGUAUGUAUGUACAACAAGAAGCUUGGAAUUUGAGAACAAAAUCAAUCAUCUUUUUUUCUCAUUUUCAUUAAUUUACUUUUAAUGAAUUUCUGUAAUGCAUCAGACAAUAGAAAAACAAUUGAAAAAAAUUGUUAGAAUUAAAAUUGGUGAAAAAGAUGAGUGCAAAGCAUGCCCUUGAAAUCUUUGCUAAAAUGAUGCACCUUUAGCUCUGGUAUCAAAUAUGUAACUGUUGAGACAAGUAUUUUACCUUUGAAAUCUUAGCAUUAAAUGUAAUUGUUAUAAGAUAUGCAGUAACUAAGUUAUUGUAACAUGAUUAAUGUAAAAUUAUGAUGCAGUAAUGUUUUUGGUUACCUUUUUACAGAAAUGAAAGAAAAAGAUUUAAGAAUUAUUACACUUUCUUUAGCACUAUCCAGAUGCAAGGACAGUGUACACUGACAUGUAGUCAACCUCUUUCUUUGUAUGGCUAAAUACUAAUAAACCAUGGGUGAUCCAAAAGUGAGAUUUCUCUCUCUUGGUAACACUUUUAAAACUGUAUCCCCAGGCUUUUGUCCAGUGCCUACUGAGCAUGCCCACCUGGGUGUCUCUUUAGCAAUGAAAAUUAUGUUUUGAAUUUUACCCUAAUUUUUUUAGCCCCAAAUAUUUUCUUCUUUGACCAAUUUGGGCCAGUAUUUUACUAUGGACUGGUUGCUGGAGGGUUGCAACAAUCAUUGACCUCACUUCGGUGACUUAAUAGAGAACCAUUUCAGUCCCUCUUGUCCAUUCACAUACUUCAAGUAUAAGGAAACAAUCUUUGUCAGGCACUUAAAGAAAUGAAAAUGGGCCCAUUUAUUAGAGCCCGAUCAGGAAAUGAAAAGAUAGAAGCAUCACCAGUUGCUCACCCCAUACCCACUUAAAUAUGUUUAAGGUCUGGGCAUAUUUUCCAGGGUGGAUGUGGCUCCCACAGAUGUGGUUUAAAUAGCCUCACCUGGAUGAUGGCUUGGCUAUUUGGUUCCGGGUCCUCCCCAUCCCUAGGAAGAAAGGUGGGAGGACUGGUCCCCCACUCCCCCGCUCCUGAGGAAGGAAGGCUGGAGGAGUGGUUCCCCAUCCUCCCUGCCCCUAGGAGGGCUGGAGAAGUAGGGUUGGCUCUUGGAGUAUCAUCCUACGGAACUAAUGAAGUACCAUCUGAACUUCUCAGGUCUGUAGUCUAAAGUCUUCCUAUUCCACUUUUAUUUCCUCUUGUGUACAUCCUAGUAAGGCUAUUUACAUCAGAAUUAAAAGUCUGUCUUUCAUUAAUUUAUUUCCUAUUAAGAAAGGUAAAUUAAUAGCCUGAGUUUGAUUUUGGUAAAAGUGAACACUAACAGAAAUCUCUAUGGAAACUAUAUUUGACUGCAGAAAGUUCAAAAAACAUCUUUUUAGGGAUGAUGCCUGCUUCUGUACCUCAGCCUGAGGAAGUUCAGUGAGCACAGCCUCUCCAGUUUGCACUAAGUAAUAUUUACUGAAGUGGUUAGUAAUGAUGUUAUUCUGCCUUAUCAGAAUGAGUUCUGCAAAGUCACAUGAUGCCCUAAUUAUGGACUAAUUAAGUCUCUUUAUUCCCAGUCAGGGCCAACCUGCAAAAAUUAUUUCAUGUAUAAGCAAACACUGCCUUACCAAGUGAGAACAAGUGAUGUAUUAAUCUGGUUCCUAGUAACAUUUCCUUUUGAGCUUCCAAUACCAUCUUAUUAUAUAAUCAAUAGGUCACAAAAGGAAGAAACACACCUGCUAUUUGUACUGGACUUAGAGAACAUAACCAGUAUGUAAGAAUUACAAGCUCAUAUAUUUCCUGCAUGAUAAGCUUGGAGAGGAUUGAGACCAGCAACUGAAAGAUAAUGUAAUAUCAUGUACAAGGAACCUGAACCUGACAAUAAUGGGUUCAUCUACUUGACUUUGCUUGGGGAGUUUAAUAAAUGAAAAUAUUCCUUAAAUGAAUAUUGUUGAUCAGUCCAACAUAGUUACUAUCUGAAUUCUAAUGAUUAAUGUCUUUGUUUUUAUUUCUAUAAGAGAAAAGUAGUAAUAUCCUGGAUAGUUACCUACCCCAAGCUGACAUCUUCAUUGAUUUUAUCCCACCUCCAAGUUAAUCACAAGCAAAACAUUGCAGGGUGUCUUGCAUGCCAGUUGAAACCCUGGGAGUUAUUCUAGACAAUUCCCUUAAUUCAGUUUCUAAGUGGUCAUUAACUCUUCACUUUAACCUUGUUCAGGUUCUCUUCAUUCCCUCUUGAAGCAUCGUUAAGCAAAUCAUCAUUAAGCAAUCAAUAAUGAAUGCCUAUCAUCCUAAACACAGAUUUGGGUGCUGAGAAUAAAGUACUGAAAAAGUAUGUUCCCAACGUUCAAGGAGCUAAUUGUCUGCUGACACAGAUGGACAGAAAGGUGAUUUCAGGACUAUGUUAUAAUAGAUGUAAACACAUUGUGCAAUGGAAAUGCACGAGGGUCUCCAUUCCUCAAGAAAAUGAAUCCUGGGAGAAAGAAAGGCAAUCACAGAAAUGUGGAGAUCUAGGAGUCUCUAUACUGACUCUCAACUGUUACAUUGUCAGCCCUGCUCUUGACCCCUCCUUGGAAGGGUGGCUCCACGUUUUAACUCUGUACAAGAUAGUGGCUUGUCUCUUGUCAGUAUCACCCCAUCCUCUUGAGGAUACAGGACUUUGGGUUAUAGCACUAAAUAAAAAAGAUAAAAAUUCCUGUACUCAUGGAAUGUGUUAGUGGAAAGAAUAAAUUAGAUAAAUAAAAUAUAGAGUUAGAUGUUAAUUGAUAACUGCUGGGGAAAAACACAGAGAAAUGUUUAGGGAUUAAAACUCUAAGUAAGAGAGAAAGUAAGCCAUGUGGUUAUCUAUGGGAAGAGCACUCCGGACAGAGAUAACAGCAGAUGCAAAGUCCCCAUGGAGGAAGCAUGCCUGAAAGAAAGGGAAAGAAACCAGUGUGGUAGAGGAGAUUGAUCAAAGGAGAGAUGAGAUCAGAAGAUAAUGAGACCUUAUAGACUAUUUUAAGGACUUUGUCAUAUACUCUCAGGUUGAUGUCUUCUGAAUGGGGAGGUAGGGAAUGAGGAUGUCAGUAGAUUUGAUUUCUUCUUGAAUCAAAUUUCCCUUCUUUCUUUACUGGCAAGAUUGGAGUAUUACAGUAUAAGUAGGUGAAAUAAGGGCACUUUGUACAAGGAAGCCUGUUAUAGGUUGAAUUCCUUGUACAUCUCAGAAUUUUGGGCUACAGAUGGGAAAGGUUUGCUUUUUUUACAGAUAAUGUGGGCACUACAUUUAGUAAUAACCCAACGUCAUUUGUAGGCUUAGGCCCAAAAAUAGGGAUAUCUUUUAAGUUUGGAUCUUCUUCAGAGGAUUUUGAAUUGAAAAGAAUUCCUUUAGUGAUGGUCAGAAAGUUAAGAUUUUGUCUGAGGGUUAGGGGACUACAGAUAACCUUUUGUUGCAUUGUAUGUUAGCACUGAAUUUAAAUAACAUAUCUCUACCUAGAAAAUUUGCUGAUAAGGAGUCAGAGAACCAAAAAAACCUAGUGAAUGUUAAGCGGCCCUGAGGAUGCCAGAGUAGCUUGGGAUAUGGGCAGAACAUAAGUUGCCCUGAGACCUCAACAGUUUGAACAAAAUUAGAAGUGAUAGGUAAAUACAAAUCCUGAGCCUGUGGUAGAGAAAGUCACACAACUAUCAAUUUAAAAAUCCAGUUUCUGAUUAUGUAUUUUAAUUGUGGCUUCUGGAGUGCAACUGAAGAUUGUCUGACUCCACCAAUUGGUAGGGUUUAUGAGAAAUUGACCCAUAAAUGGGGAAAAAAACAGACUGAGAAUGUUGAGGUCUCAUGUAAUUACUACUUAGGUUGCCUUUUCUUUUAAGCAUAGGACACUCCUUUCUCCUAUGUCCUGACUUCUUACAGCAACUGUAAGUGUUCUUGGUGAAUAGGCAGGGAUCUGAGGUUGUAAAAAGAAUAGGUGGGUUGGGGGUUGCUAUUAAAGUUGUGUUUUUGUUUUUGUAAAAAUUUCAGUUGUGAGGAAAGGACUAUUGUUUCUACUUCUUUUUCUUGCUUUCUUGCAAGCUGUUUUCAAAUAACUGAAUGACAGCCUCAAUGAUAACACUAACAGGUUGGCCUUCCCAUCAAACUACAUUAUUUUAACUUUGCUUCUUUACCUCAGAAAGAUUUCCAGUUAAGGCAGAAAUCAAAAAAUUGUUUUUCUGAGGACUAUUCUGAGGCUCUGGAUUUAGGGAAGUUGUGUGUUUAGAAUGUUUGCUUACUGCAUUCCACAAAGGCUUUAGAACAAUUCUUCUUCCAGACACAUAGUUCUACUUUAGCCCAGUUAACUUUUGGAGUAAAGUCUUCUCUAAUGGCUUCUCUAAUCAGGUCCUGAAUAUCAGCCUCCAGUUGGGCCCUUUCUUGAUCAUUUGUAGAAGGGCCUGGAAGAGGGUCUGGCUACCUUGUUAUAUAAUUACAAUAUAAUCAUAGGUGGGAAGGACAUCCCUUGACAGCCAUUUCAGGUCCCUGUUUGUGAGAUUAUGGACGGCCACCCAACUUUCCAGUUAUAUUUUGCAAAUAAUUUAUACAUUAUUAAAUUUGGUAGGAUCUUUAGAACGUGGGGGUAAAAGGAUUUGCAAUUUAAAAGGUCUUCUGUUGUCCAGGGCAUGUGAGUUCCUUCUGGUGGGAGGCAGGGUACAUGCAUAAUAGGCAUUUAAUGGGAAGGUAUAAGGCUUGUUGGGCCUUAUAAUUUGGGACCUAAUUAUAGAGCCAUACAAAGUAGGUGGAAUUAAAAGGGACAGUUAAGCUCUGGUAUGUGUAUCUGGGGCUUCAGCUAAAGCUAUUUCUUUGUUGACAGUAAUCACAUGAGUGACUUGACUGCCCCAUGUUUUGAGGUCAAGUUGGAGAACCUUUUGCAAUUAUUAUAAGGAAAGGGAGAUUAAAGAAGGCAGUUAGCUGGUCAAAAAAUUUUUCUGUGGAAGCCAAGUAAUUAUAGGCCUUAAAAGAAUUGUUUGAAGAAGAGGAGCUAGAUAUGGUUGAGGGAGAUGGAUUUGGGGUAGGGGUCCAGACAUCUAGAUCCUAGAUCUCUAAAUCUGGGAGGUCAGGAAUAAGGAGUUGGGAGUAAAGGGGAAUAUGGGAGGAAGUCAGAGAAUGUAUGGUGGACAUUAGUUUUUGCAAGUCUGACUUCUACUCUGUAAUUUUGUUAAGGAAUCCUUUUAGGCCAGCCAUGCUACUUUUUGUGCCUUUCUUUCAAUGUGGUCCUCCCAGAGAUACCAAGACAGCAUUUAUUUCAUAUGGGAGCUCUCUAUAAAUCACCUUAAAUAUAAAAUCUUCCCUAAAUCAAAGGACCCAUUAUCUGACCUUUGGCAAUUAGGAUCUGCAUAAAUACACCUGUUCCAAAUGUGACACUGUUAAGUCUUUAAUGCGAAGACCUGGAGGUAACCUUCCCAGCUUAGAAUACAUUUUAACUAGAGGUGUCCCUGAAAAGGGCACAGAAGAUGCAGCCCGCACAAUUCCAAAGUUACUCCCAAAGAAAGCUGGUUUAUAUACCAGCUGAACAAAAGGUGGGAGCAGAGAUAAAUUCACUCAACUCUUCCAAUAAGUAGAUUUUCAGGCAAUAACAGAAAAGACCAUUAAUCAUACUUUUUUUGUUUACUACUGGAUAUGUUCAUUACUUCUCCAGUAGUAAGAAUGAAAGAAUGAAGGAGACUGAAGCUGUAAGAGGUUAAUAGUCACAGUAACUACUAUUUAUUCAGACUACUGCAUGCCAGACAUUAUUCCUGAGAAAAACACCCUAGAAAUGAGGAAGCUGAAGUUCAGUUGCCCAAAAACAUGUAUCUUAUUUCAGCAGAGAAAAGCUGGAAUAUAAAUCUCAUGGGACUUGUUCCGGUGCUCUAAACAUAUUAUCACACUGCUGGUACUAAGAAUUUACUUGCAGGAUCUAUAAUAACUGGACAGUGCAUUUGAAUGGAUAUUUGUUAACAGCCAUCAUCAUUAUUCCCAGGAAGGCUUUUUCAUUAUUAAAUUACGUGACUAGUUCCAACUUUUCCUCUGGCAUUUUAUUCCAUAUUUAGCAUUGAAAUGUAUAAUCUACUUACAUUGAAUGUUACUGUGUGGUAUGAGUUAAGGAUCUAACCUUAUUCUCCAAAGGGCUAGUUAAAAAUGACUCCUCUUUCAUAUAAAAAAUUCAUACUUGUUCGUGUUUCUGUGCCUUUUAUGCUAUUCCAUUUAACUCUGGCUUUACAACAAUACUACAUUGUCUUAAUUACUCUGGCUUCAGAAUAUAAGGUACUGUCUCCCCUGGCUUUUGCAUCUCCAUACAACAUUUAAAUCAGUAAGUUUUUAAUGCAGUUAAAUUUGUUUUCUGCUUGCUUUAUUUUAUUGAUAUAAAAUAGUUUACAUUCAAGAACCACUUACCUAUAAUUAAGCAACCUGGAAAAAUAAUCAUCUUGAAGGGUUAAUUUUGCUUUGGCUUCCUUUUCCCUUUUAUCUAAUGUGAGCUAAAAUAUCUACAGAAUUAUUUGAAGUCCUGGAAAUUUAUUUCAAAAAAAUAU